AUGGCGUCUGCAGAUCUGGGAGAAGAGCUGCACUGCUCCAUCUGUCUGGAGGUUUAUACAGAUCCCGUGACGCUGAGAUGUGGACACAACUUCUGCCAGGUCUGCAUAGAUCUGGUGCUGGAUUCUCAGGAGAGGUCCGGGGUCUACACUUGCCCGGACUGCAGGGAAGAGUUCCUCGAUCGCUCCACUCUGUACAGAAACAUAACCCUCCGUAACAUAGCAGAACGUUUCCUGUCUGCUCAGCCGGCUGCAGAGUAUUCCGGAAUGUUCUGCACGUUCUGCACGGACUCUCAGGUCCCUGCCGUUAAAUCUUGCCUGCACUGCGAUGCUUUGCUGUGUAAUUCCCACCUUACUAUCCAUAGAGAGGCACCAGAACACACGUUAGCAGAGCCUUCUGCAUGCCUGAAGGCCAAAAACUGCUCCAUCCACAAAAAGAUCUUUAAAUAUUAUUGUACCGAUGACUCCGCCUGUAUCUGUGCCGCCUGCCUUACCGGGCAACACAGGGGACACCGGGUGGAACCGAUAGACGAAGCGUCGGAGAAGAAGAAGGCGACGCUGAGGAAUAUCCUGGAGAAGAUGACCUCAAAAAAAGCGGAAAUGGAGAAAAGACUUGAGGAACUUCAGGAACGCAAGAGGGAGGUCCAAGGAAAAACCGCCGGUGAAAUGAAGAGGGUCUCGGCCUUAUUCAAAGACAUUUCAAGGCAGCUGGGAGAUCUGGAAACGAGAGUCCUGAAGGAGAUCUUCGGACACCAAGAGAAGUUUAUGAUGUUGGUCUCUGGACAGAUCCGGCAGAUGGAAACGGAGAAGGACGAGUUGGGUAGAAACAUGAAAUAUAUUGAGGAGCUAUGUACCAAGAAACCAACAACAAUCCUAGAGGAGCAACUCACCGACUAUGGUGAGGAAGAAGAUCUGGAGGACGGAGAGAGAAGUGGUGAAAAGAUCCAUGAUGAAGGUCCUCUGGGCGAGGAUCGGAUCUCCGAGAUGUUACUCGUAGGUUUAUCUGACAUUAUCCAUGAUGAAGAUCCUCUGGAGGAGGAUCGGAUCUCCGAGAUGUUACUCGUAGGUCUAUCUGACAUUGUUACGGUUAUAAAAGGAAGGCUGCGCUCUCAAGAAGCCUCGGGUCUUCUCCUGGACGAGGCCACGGCGGCCAAUAAUGUAAAAAUCUCAGCCGACUUGAAAGGCGCCAUCCUAACCAAGGAAGAGGAUGACCGGCCGGAGACGCCCGUGAGAUUUCAGAAGUGCCAAGUUGUAACCAAGCAAAGUUUCGGCUCUGGUAGACAUCAUUGGGAAGUUCUGACAAGCGAGUCGGGGGGUUGGAGGUUCGGAAUAACCUAUCCCAGUGUUCCAAGAGAAGGCGCCGAAUCGGCCAUCGGAGAUAAUGACAAGUCCUGGUGUUUGCGCACGCUUUACGGUAAUCUUGCUGUCAGACACCGGGGUAGAGACUUCCCGCUGGAUCGUAAAAUCUCAGGUCGGAAGUUCCGGAUCUGUUUGGAUUACGAGGCCGGCCAGCUGUCCUUCUAUGAGAUGGGUGACCCUAUCAGACAUUUAUACACCUUCACCACCACCUUCACCGAGCCCCUUCAUGGGGCGCUCCAUGUAAUGGGGGGCAAGGCCUGGCUCCGCAUAACCAGCUGA